AUGUUCAUUGAAGGCGCUGUGACUGGUAUACUUAUUGCUGGUACAACAGCUUCUUCUGGGUCGACAGCAGCUCUAUUGAAUCUUCCUACAGCUAUUACCUUGGAUACUACUAAUUAUUUAUAUGUCAUGGAUGCUGGUAAUAAUCGUAUCCAAAGAUUUGCUCCUGGUGCUUCGCUUGGUGACACAAUGGCUUCUAUGGCUUUUAACAAUCCAAGAGGAAUGCGAAUUGAUUCGGUUGGUAAUCUUUUUAUUGCAGAUAUGAGUAAUAAUCGAAUUAUCUCAUUUCGAUGUGUCUAUAAUGUUUCGACAACAACAAUAACGACUAGUACGACAACAUCAGACACAACAACAAGUAGUACAAGUACAUCAACGACAUCAACAACUUCUACGACCGGUAUUUCUACUACUACAACAACUACAACAGCAAUGGUUACAAUUCUUACAACAUCACUUACAACAUCGGUGACAGUACUAACCGCUAUCACAACAACGGUUACGACUCUAACUGGUUCAACGACAACCGUAUUUGGAGCAACAACGACAACCGUAUUUGGAGCAACAACGACAACCGUAUUUGGAGCAACAACGACAACCGUAUUUGGAGCAACAACGACAAUCGCAUUUGGAGCAACAACGACAACCGCAUUUGGAGCAACAACUACAGCUGGCGUAAUUACAACUGCAACGGGAGUUACAACAACUGCAAUGGGAGUUACAACAACUGCGAUGGGAGUUACAACAACUGCGAUGGGAGUUACAACAACUGCAAUGGGAGUUACAACAACUGCAAUGGGAGUUACAACAACUGCAAUGGGAGUUACAACAAUAACAACAGGCUCUGUAGGAAAUACAGUUGGUCAAGCAGCGAGCAAUACAGACUCAGGGUCAAGUCAGAGCUCAUCAAAUAUUAGUAUGAUCGCCGCUGGAGUUGCUGGUGGUAUAGUAGCUUUAGCUGCAGGCUUCGGUGGUAUCGCUUUUAUAGUGACAAAAAUGCUAUUAAAACCAAGCUCAGGUGUUAGUACAAAUAUUGCUACAAGCCAAAAGACUUUUCCAACGAAAUCGCCACAACACCCAACUAAACCAGCAACGAAUUCAAAUUCAUCAAGUAAAACUACGUGUGACCCUAACAACUCGUCCAAAACUGGAAACUCUUUCAAUUCAACAUCAAACAAUGAAACUGGCCCACAAUUAACAACUCAACUUAAUAUUGCGCCAAAAAUCUACAAUGUUACCCGUAUCACAUAA